UGCAACGAACCCAUACGGAAAAUGGGAGAGAAACUCAGCAAAAUGACCCGACCCGAAACCCAGGCAGAACCAAAACCCAGUGACCAGUCAAAGCCGCCACCACCGCCUCUCCAUUCGGAGGUAGAAGACGACGAUGAGAACGUCAAACAGCUCAAAGAGUGUUCUGCUCUCUAUCUCGCCUUACAGGAUUGCCUUGUCAAGAAUGAUAGGAAUUGGAAAUCUUGUCAGUUGGAAGUUCAAGCCUUGAAGCAAUGCAAUGAGAGGAAGAAGAAGAAGAAUGAUGACAAUGGAAAGUGAGAUCAUAGCAAAGAUGAGCUGCUUACCCCACAUUUCUUAUCAUGUGUAAAGAUGCAAUACGGUUGUCUACAGAAUAAUCAGCUUAACACCGUUACACCAACAAAUAGCAGAAAAAAAUUGCGG